AUGAACGACCAGUACCACCGGGCAGCCCGGGAUGGCUACCUAGAGCUCCUCAAAGAGGCCACCAGGAAGGAGCUGAACGCCCCCGACGAGGAUGGCAUGACUCCCACCCUUUGGGCUGCCCACCAUGGCAACCUGGAGUCGCUGCGCCUCAUCGUGAGCCGAGGGGGUGACCCAGACAAGUGUGACAUCUGGGGCAACACGCCCCUGCACCUGGCAGCCUCCAAUGGCCACCUGCACUGCCUGUCCUUCCUGGUGUCCUUCGGGGCCAACAUCUGGUGCCUGGACAACGACUACCACACGCCGCUGGACAUGGCCGCCAUGAAGGGCCACAUGGAGUGCGUGCGCUACCUGGACUCCAUCGCGGCCAAGCAGAGCAGCCUCAACCCCAAGCUGGUGGGCAAGCUGAAGGACAAGGCCUUCCGCGAGGCGGAGCGGCGCAUCCGCGAGUGCGCCAAGAUGCAGCGCAAGCACCACGAGCGCAUGGAGCGGCGCUACCGCCGCGAGCUGGCCGAGCGGUCCGACACCCUCAGCUUCUCCAGCCUCACGUCCAGCACCCUGAGCCGCCGGCUGCAGCACCUGGCGCUGGGCAGCCACCUGCCCUACUCGCAGGCCACGCUGCACGGCACCGCCAGGGGCAAGGCCAAGAUCCAACGGAAGCUGGAGCGGCGCAAGCAGGGUGGCGAGGGCACCUUCAAGAUCUCCGAGGAUGGCCGCAAGAGCGUGCGCUCGCUCUCGGGCCUGCAGCUGGGCAGCGACGUGAUGUUCGUGCGCCAGGGCACCUACGCCAACCCCAAGGAGUGGGGCCGCUCCCCGCUCCGGGACAUGUUCCUCUCGGACGAGGACAGCGUCUCCCGUGCCACGCUGGCGGCCGAGCCUGCCCACUCGGAGGUCAGCACCGACUCAGGCCACGACUCCCUGUUUACACGGCCCGGCCUGGGCACCAUGGUGUUCCGCAGGAACUACCUGAGCAGCGGGCUGCACGGGCUGGGCCGCGAGGACGCGGUGCUGGACGGCGGGGGCGCGCCGCGAGGCCGGCUGCAGAGCUCCCCCAGCCUGGACGACGACAGCCUGGGCAGUGCCAACAGCCUGCAGGACCGCAGUUGCGGGGAGGAGCUGCCCUGGGACGAGCUGGACCUGGGCCUGGAUGAGGACCUGGAGCCCGAGACGAGCCCACUGGACACCUUCCUGGCCUCUCUGCACAUGGAGGACUUCUCCUCCCUCCUGCGGCAGGAGAAGAUUGACCUCGAGGCACUGAUGCUGUGCUCUGACCUUGACCUCCGCAGCAUCAGCGUCCCCCUGGGGCCCCGCAAGAAGCUUCUGGGGGCCGUGAGGAGGAGGAGGCAGGCGCUGGAACGCCCACCGGCUCUGGAGGACACAGAGCUGUGA